GCGCGCAGAGCUCUUCUAUGUUUGUCAGACUCAAUCCGACGGAGAGGAGGUAGCCGCCAUUUUCUAAGCGUCUCUCCCUAAAGCGAGAGUAAAAGCCUCGCGUCGAACCUCGGUCUGGAUUAGCGCUUCCUCGUCGGGAAUCCGGGUUUUGGCUUCAGGAUUGCGGUGGGAUCGCCUACAUUUGCAGUAAUCUGGAAUAGGGCGGACUGUUUGGCGGCCUAGGCUUUUAAUAAUCGCUGUGGCGGCGAGGCGAGCUGGAGAUCGGUGAUUCGCCCAUUGCUGAAUCCGGAACGAAGCCGAGAGGCUCCGAAGAGCGGGCCCCUUUCCGCAGCCUGGCGGUUUAUUUCUGGAUAUAUUCAUGGCAGAGUGACCCACAGGGCCUCGUGUGUUGUGUUGGUACUCUUGGUUUUUUUCCACCCAAACUGCAGGGGACUGUUGCCGAAAUUCCCUCGGAUAGUGCAACCUCGUCACGUGGCUGUCCUCAGGUGGGGCGGUAAGCGGGUGGAGUGGAGCAGGCCGAGGUGCCCGUCCCUCUGCACUGCAUGGCUGCGAUGGCGCCCGCUCUCACCGACGCCCCAGCCGAAGCUCACCACAUCCGCUUCAAACUGGCUGCCCCAUCCUCAAGUCUCUCACCGGCCAGUGCAGAGAACAACGGUAACGCCAGCAGCAUCCUCAUCCAUAGCAGCGGCCCAGGCAAGUGCAAGGUUACCUCCGAAGAGUGCCCCCUCGACUUCUGCGGCGGUGACCAGGAGCCGCAGGAGCAGCAGCCCCAGCCUGCCUCUGUGUCCCAGGCCUCGGCCUUGGGUAAACUCCAGCCACUGGUGGCUUCUUAUUUAUGCUCAGAUGUGACAUCUGUCCCUGCGAAUAAGGAGUCGAUCAAGUUGCAAGGAGUCCUCAUCAAACAGUCUGUGCUGAAAAGCCACGGGAUUUUGCCAGCUUCUCUGCUGAACGGUGGGGGAGACUUCCUCCUGAGGAAGAGGCAGGAGUUUGAACUCUCUGGCGACCAGCUGAAAAGCCUCAUGAGUGGCAGCACAAACGGGAGUGGCCAGCCCAUGGCACCUGUCAACGGCCUGGCCAAGAAACUGGCCAGCAUGUCGGGCUCUGGCUGCAUGGUAGCGGUGAACGGUGACAAGCCUCCCGCAUCUACAGACUCCCAGUCCCAGAACCCAGCGCUGGACUCGGAGACCGUCACCGCUACCAUAUCCGGUCACAUCCCAGUAAGAGAAGCUCUUAAACCGAAGCAUUCCACCGGGGCGCCGCCCAGCAUGGAUGGAAAUAACGUUGAACCGCCUGAGUUUCACUCUGCUGCUCUGUCCUCCUUUAACCAUGACAGCCUGAACUCGGAUGAGCAAGUUAGUUUAAACGACGCCGAUUCGCUGACGCCCACGGCUCAGCCACAGUUUUCUGACGGGGACAGACCAGGCAGCAGCCAGCAGGGAUCCCCAAAACGAACAGCCACACCAGAGCCCCCCCUGCCCAGCACUUCCUCCUCGGACAGCCUUGACGCUCACAUCAGAGAACGCACGGUCCUCAACAGCAAGCGGCAGGCCGAAAUCGAAAGCCGUCUGCGGCGCCUGCGCAAACGCCUUCAGGUGGUGCAGGCCAAGCAGGUGGAGAGACACAUCCAGCAGCAGCUGGGCGGCUUCUUGGACUCGGCUCUUAGCAGGCUACGAGCCGGUAACCGCAAGUCGGAGGUGACCCCACAUUCAGCUGCGUGGAGGACUGGGCGGCACUAUUCGUCAAACAACAGGGACAGCCUCAGCCGGUUCCUGAAGAGCGGAUCUGUGCCCUUGGAGCUGGAGAGGCUGUAUCUGAGCGGGUCGGCAAACCUUCAUUCAGCAGAAAGCGCCUUCGACUCUGAUGUAACCGAAAGCAGCUCUGGGGGGGACUCUGACCUGGAAGAGGAGGAGCUGUCCAGAGUGGACAUUGAGCAGCGACAUGUCAAAAUAUGGAAGCGGGCAGAGAGUCGCUACACCCUGGAGAGAGCUGCCAUCAUCAGCCACUGGAACUGGCUCCAGGCCCACAUCUCGGACCUGGAGUACCGUAUCCGACAGCAGACGGACAUCUACAGACAGAUCCGCACCAGCAAGGGUUCUGUAGAGCUCGGAGGUCUCGCUCCCAGCACUGUGUUCACCGGUGGGACGGAGGUGAAGAUGGAGUCUCUAAAUGCUCAGGAUGUGUGUGCAGAUCACUGGGACAACCCAAGCCCCGCCCCCGCUCCCAGCACAGAGCAAGGCCCGUGGAAAGGUCAGAACGGGCAGCCAGUGAACGGCGUCCUCAGCAGGAUGGCUGACGGCUCAGAGAACAAACUCCAGCCGCCUCACGAUGGCACGUGCGUGGCCGCGCGUACACGCCCACUCGUCGGCUGCCGGCGGCGGCGGCUCAUUCAGCCGAACACGGUGACGAACCUCAACGGCAAGGCCCAGAGGAGCAGCUGCAUGCAGUGUAACUGCAGGGUGAACCCCAGCUGCGUGAUGUGUGGUGGCUGGCCCACCCCCAGAGAGGAGCCUCAGUACGAGCUGCCCACCCUGGAGCGCCUGUCAAGGCUGGAUCUUGGCGUCCACCCCAUCCUCUCCUUCCCUGACGACGUUUCCGUCGGGCUGCGUCUGCAGCAGGUGAUGAAGAGCCAGUGGCAGUCCAAGUCGCUGGAGAGAAGCAAACCCCUGAAAAAACUCUCACUUAAACACAAGCUUUCCUCGUCCAAAGAGAAGCACAAGUUUGCCAACUCCCUGAUGGCAGUCAGACUGAGCCACUAUAAGAAUCGUAUUGACAAGCAGAGGACUGCGGACGUCAGCGUGGGCGGGAACAGCAGCACCAGCAGCAGCAGCGCCGUACUGAGCAUGCCCAGACUGGACAACCAGGGCGGCUGCAAGACGGAGCGGCUGCACGCCCUCUCCUCUCCGUUUGGGCCCUACGACAAGAACUACAGCCGCAAGAGAUUAAGAGAGCACUCACUGGAGAGGGCUGACACAGCUUCCCCGAAACUUUUCCUGGACACGGGCAGCCCCUGCACAACACUGGCCAACAUGCACUCGUCGCUUCACAGCCCUCUGACGCGCCAGCUGUCCACGUCGUCCGAUACGUCGACACAGCUCGGCGCCGGCAGCCAGAGCCUCCCCAGCACACCGCAGCAGCCGAUCAAACGGAGGCGGGGCGAGAGCUCCUUCGACAUCAACAACAUCGUGAUUCCCAUGUCUGUGGCGGCCACCACCCGAGUGGAGAAGCUGCAGUACAAGGAGAUCCUCACCCCGAGCUGGAGGUCGGUGGACAUUUUCUCACAGCCCAUAACGGAGGAGGAGAACGAACGAGAGGUUGAGGACCUUUCUGAGGCGGCCUUCAUCGCGCUCCAUCAGCCCUACGAGGACCAGGAGCGUUCCCGCUGGACCUGGAUGGCUCUGGCUCCCGCCAAGAGGCGCGGCAGCAGGUCAUACAAGUCUGUGGAUGGGCGGACCACGCCUCUGCUGUACGGGACCAACCCUCCCACCCCUCAGCCCGCGUCGCCAGACCCCGGUCACUGCCCAUCGCUGCACGACUACAGCCACGUGCCGUCGCCCAUGAGCCCCCCCAGCCCCGACGCGUCCUCCAACCCACAGACGCCAUGUUCCCGGGACUCCCACCGGCUGCUGUCCAACGAGGACACGCGGUGCUCCACGCCAGACUUCACCUUUGAGGAACGGACCGUGGCGCCUUGGGAACGCCGCAGCUUCCCGCUGCCCGAAGACCCGGCUCCAGAACCCGAACCCGACCAAAACAUCCGGCCCAGGGUUCGCAGCAUCUCAGGCUGCAGGGCGUCCGCCUACGGGCGCCUGGACUCGGACGACGCAGAGCUGCCUUGCGACGACGACGGCGGCGGCCCCAAACUCAGGGCCUCCUCCCACCGAUGAACGGCGUCGCCCCCCCCUCCCCUCCCCCGCAGCUCCUCUGGCAUUAACACGCAGAACCUCAAAGCUGAAACGACGUUCAAUGGGUUCCUGUUGUUUGAUAUUCAAACAUCAGUCUAAUUCUUUCACAGUUUUUAGUGAACAUUACGGAGAUAGAAGCCUUUCCCUUCACCUGGUUUUUGUCACGGAAAAAAAAAGGUUAAUUUUAAAAAAAAAAGUAUAAAACAUUACAAAAAGUGAGUUCUGUAGUAGGCUAAACAAUGUACAUGGGGGCUUAGUGGUGUUCAUAUGUCGCGUGUUCACUUGUAGCGCACUAUGUAGCGACUCCUCAACAUACGGCCAAAGGGUGUUUUCUAUUGACUAGUUUGCUUGUAAAUCCCCAUGUACAUUUUUAGUGGAGUGACAAAUAUCAAAACAAGAAAAAAAUCCCCCCCCAUGUCCUUCCUUCUGCUCCUCAUCCACAGAAACAGGUACAUAAAGGUGUGGUUCCCUCCUCCCCCACUAGAGGUCGCCUGAAGUCACCAGAGCACUUCUCGUACUGCCAAGUCUAGUUCUGCUGGUUUGCUUUCCUUCUGUUUUCAUUCCUCACAUGUUUUUUUGUUGUUGUUGUCGAUCUGGUUCUCUGAUCACGCGUUGAUUUGUUUUUUAUCUGUAGAGUCGGACAUUCUUCCAGAUCCCCCCCCCUCCCCGUUUUAAAACAAGGGUGACCCACAGACCCGGAGCUGCUUAAUCUUAUUUUAUGUUUCAGCAUCGCAGCUGCAUGCUAUAAACAAAUAAAAAUAUAACAAAAAGCUUAAAUAUCACGACAAUAAUCUAAGAAAUGAAUCAAUUCUUUGCAAACAGUCAUAAUUUAAUCUGAAUUAAAUAACCUCCCUGCUUCUUUUCUUUCUUUGAUAGUUUUAGUUUCAGCUUAACAGGAAAUUAAACAUUUGUAGAGCAGCAGCUGUCAGAAGUCACCCGAGCUCAGGUUCCUCCGGAAAGCAAUGAAACUCUUCUUCUCUCAGAGCGAUCAGUUGAUCAGUUUCACCUCCAUGUAAUUAUCCUCUCACCGCGUCCCUCCUUCACUUUACGUGACUAAUUGCUAUGCAAAAAAAAAA